UUAUUAAUCCCACAAGAUUUUGUGAAUAUGUACUCCGAGCCAGGCACUUUAAACUUCAAACCUCUUCCUAGCCCAAGUAGGAAGGGGAUACUCAGGCGCUGCGGACCAUUCUCCUCUCCUUGCUGCAAAGAUACAGUCCCUAUCCCUCCUGGGUGCCCAUCCUCGUGCCUAUUUUCCCGGAUCCCCACCCAGUUGAUGUGACAGGCUCGUGGUCCAAUCCCCUUCUAGGUUCCCAGGCCGACUGCUAGCACCACCCGAGCCAAUAGCGGCGGCCGAGGGGCGGAGGGGGCUGGCAGGAGGAGAGGGAGCGCUGGCUUUAGAACCACUGCCGCAAAGAUUACGAGGGGCAGAAGUUGUCGGAGUGCGUUGGUCGGCGGCAGUCGGGCCAGAGCCUGGACUCUGUGACUUUACAUCUUUAAAUGGAUGAGAUGGCUACUACUCAGAUUUCCAAAGAUGAGCUUGAUGAACUCAAAGAGGCCUUUGCAAAAGUUGAUCUCAACAGCAACGGAUUUAUUUGUGACUAUGAACUUCAUGAACUUUUCAAGGAAGCUAAUAUGCCAUUACCAGGAUAUAAAGUGAGAGAAAUUAUUCAGAAACUCAUGCUGGAUGGUGACAGGAAUAAAGAUGGGAAAAUAAGUUUUGAUGAAUUUGUUUAUAUUUUUCAAGAGGUAAAAAGUAGCGAUAUUGCCAAGACCUUCCGCAAAGCCAUCAACAGGAAAGAAGGUAUUUGUGCUCUGGGUGGAACUUCAGAGUUGUCCAGCGAAGGAACACAGCAUUCUUACUCAGAGGAAGAAAAAUAUGCUUUUGUUAACUGGAUAAACAAAGCUUUGGAAAAUGAUCCUGAUUGCAGACACGUUAUACCAAUGAACCCAAACACUGAUGACCUGUUCAAAGCCGUUGGUGAUGGAAUUGUGCUUUGUAAAAUGAUUAACCUUUCAGUUCCUGAUACCAUUGACGAAAGAGCAAUCAACAAGAAGAAACUUACGCCCUUCAUCAUUCAGGAAAACUUGAACUUGGCACUGAACUCUGCUUCUGCCAUUGGGUGUCAUGUUGUGAACAUUGGUGCAGAAGAUUUGAGGGCUGGGAAACCUCAUCUGGUUUUGGGACUGCUUUGGCAGAUCAUUAAGAUCGGUUUGUUCGCUGACAUCGAGUUAAGCAGGAAUGAAGCUUUGGCUGCUUUACUCCGAGAUGGUGAGACUUUGGAAGAACUUAUGAAAUUAUCUCCAGAAGAGCUUCUACUUAGAUGGGCAAACUUUCAUUUGGAAAACUCGGGUUGGCAAAAAAUUAAUAACUUUAGUGCUGACAUCAAGCUUAUUGACUUCAGUAAUUCAGUGAAGGAUUCCAAAGCCUAUUUCCAUCUUCUCAAUCAAAUUGCACCAAAAGGACAAAAGGAAGGUGAACCACGGAUAGAUAUUAACAUGUCAGGUUUUAAUGUAAGUAUAGCUGCUCUUUUGAAUUCUACAAUCUUGCAAAAUUAUUGUCAAUUUCUUAUAAAUACAAUAAUUUUUACAAUUUUAACAGGAGAAACUCGUGAAGAAAGAACCUUCCGUAACUGGAUGAAUUCUCUUGGUGUCAAUCCCCAUGUAAACCAUCUCUAUGCUGACCUGCAAGAUGCUCUGGUAAUCUUACAGUUAUAUGAACGAAUUAAAGUUCCUGUUGACUGGAAUAAGGUUAAUAAGCCUCCAUACCCGAAACUGGGAGCCAACAUGAAAAAGCUAGAAAACUGCAACUAUGCUGUUGAAUUAGGGAAGCACCCUGCUAAAUUUUCUCUGGUUGGCAUUGGAGGGCAAGACCUGAAUGAUGGGAACCAAACCCUGACUUUAGCUUUAGUCUGGCAGCUGAUGAGAAGAUAUACCCUCAAUGUCCUGGAAGAUCUUGGAGAUGGUCAGAAAGCCAAUGACGACAUCAUUGUGAACUGGGUGAACAGAACGUUGAGUGAAGCUGGAAAAUCAACUUCCAUUCAGAGUUUUAAGGACAAAACGAUCAGCUCCAGUUUGGCAGUUGUGGAUUUAAUUGAUGCCAUCCAGCCAGGCUGUAUAAACUAUGACCUUGUGAAGAGUGGCAAUCUAACAGAAGAUGACAAGCACAAUAAUGCCAAGUAUGCAGUGUCAAUGGCUAGAAGAAUCGGAGCCAGAGUGUACGCUCUUCCUGAAGACCUUGUGGAAGUAAAGCCCAAGAUGGUCAUGACUGUUUUUGCAUGUUUGAUGGGCAGGGGAAUGAAGAGAGUGUAAAAUAACCAAUCUGAAUAAAACAGCCUUGCUCCCAGGUGCAUGAUUCACAGGUCAGCUAUUUCCAGGUGAAGUGCUUAUGGCUUAAGGAACUCUUGGCCAUUCAAAGAACUUUUCAUUUUGAUUAACAAGACUAGCUCAGCAUGAGAGCCCUCAGGGGAAAGGGUUUUAAUCAAAACAAUUCCUCUUUCCCAUAGUCAGAGUUGGAUUUUUCAGGCACGCCUGAAAUGUGCUCAUAGCCAAAACAUUUUACUCUCUCCUAGAAUGCUGCCCUUGACAUUUCCCAUUGCCGUAUGUUAUUUCUCGCUCUGUUAUCUUUUGCCCUCUUAGAAUGUCCCUCUCUUGGGACUCACUUAGAUGAUGUGAUAUGAAUAUUAUUAGACAGUAAUUUUGCUUUCCAUCCAGUAUGCUAGUUCUUAUUUGAGAACUAUGGUCAGAGGGUAUUUGGAUAUGAGUAUCCUUUGCUUAUCUUUGUAGUACUGAAAAUUUGCCGAAGUAACUGGCUGUGCAGAAUGUAAGAGAAGAAGCUUUUCUUAUUCUUUUAUUUUUAAGAUCAGUAUCUUUUUACAGUAUUCUUUCUAUAUGAUCCUUUUUUGUACAUUUAAGAAUAUUUUGAUUACAUUAAACAAGACUGCUGAUUUUGCUACUUUUUUUAAGGGGUCUCCAAGUAAGUAAAACAUACAUUAUAGCUAGAAGAAAAAUGUACCUUCAAUUUGCAUCUUUCCCUCCCAUACGUAAGCUGUAAACAAUUGAAAUAUUUUGUCACUUGGUUCAAUACAUGCUUAUUUGUUUUAAAACCUGUAUCAUCAAACUCUCUCUUUAAAUUAAAAAUGCUGUUGAAUAUGAUACUUUUGAGGAGAGAGUAUGCUCAGAAUUUAGGAUUUGGUAGGCCAAGUACGCUAAGUGUACAAUAUAUUUUUAAAUUUUACACCUAAAACAGAGAAAUGUGGUCACUAAAAAUAAAAGUAUAUAUGUAGGACUUAAUGUACUCUUGCUUUGUCAAGCUGUUUGCUAUAGUUUCCAAGGUAUUAUGUUACUCUAACUCUGAAAAGUGAUGUAAUCUGAUAGCAAUGUAGUAGUUCAAAUAAAGGCAUUUACAUAAUAAUUAGUCUCUUCUUCAUGCUUUUGUCCCUUAGGAAGUAUGCCAGUGUUUGUCAGGACUUUUUCUUUUCGUUUUUCUGAUGUAUUCUCUAAAAUGGUGUUUGUUAAAUUUGAGUUUUGGGAGCUGAAUUAGAGGUACUGAAUUAAGGACAGUACAAAUAAUAAAAGGAUUUUCUCCAAUUU